CGUCGCCGUUCCAGCGGCCCGCUCAAGUUUCUGACAGCUAAACGCUUUUCCCCCGGUUGUACAAAACCCGGGGGAGCAGAACUCUUGUUUUAGUCCUUCAGCUUACCAGGAAAGCGCGUCCCAGAUGCCUCUGCCUAGUGCCGUGACGCCGGCCGUUUUCCUGCAUAGCUGCUGCUGCUCUGCUCCGGAGUACAAACGCCUGCGCCCUUGGGCUCGCCGCAGACUGUACCUGCGUGGAUUAAACUGUGUCAGCCAGUGGGGAAGCUUGGUUUAAAGCAUACAUUUUAAUCUUGUGUGCUGCAACGUUCCCACCUCCCCCCGAAGCCUGUCCUGUUUGCCACACCCCAAUUCAUUUUUGCUCGUUUAGAAACUAUAUUCGCCCCAGAGCAACACACCUUUUCAGAUUCCCAAUUCUUACGUUUGUAUUAGUUGCAAAAUAAUGAAUGACUCUCCUAUUUAUUAUGCAAGUCUAAACUGGUUUGGUUGGAAACUGAUGGCUUUGUGCCUCUUUUUGCAUUUAACAAUGCAUGGUUAAAUUACAGUAUCACGUCAGAGCCAGGGGGGAGGGACCUGGAGGCCUCCAGCCCAACCUCUGCUUGCAGCAGGUCUGUCCUGGCACCAGAUCCAGGCACCACGGCCAUGUCCAGGCCUGAACCCCACUAGGCUGGAGUUCCCCCGCCUCCCUGGUGCCCUGUCCCAAGGCCGCAGCACCCACCUAGAGGAAGGAGUUUUCCCUAACGUCCGAGCUGUAUGCAAGAAAGAAAAAGUGAUUAAAAGAAAACCCAUUUAGGUUGAAAUGGAAAAACUGUUUUGCUCUCGGAUGAUUAUCGAAAGAGGAUGAAUUAACUGAAGUGACUGAAAGAUUUGGUGCCCAGAAACUCGCCUUAGAACAAGGGGAAGUUGUGACAGUGCACAGUCUCUUGUGCUAGGCUUCUCUGGAAGAAACAGCCCCAGCUGUUAAGCACUGCCAGCUAAGCUAGCUGUGUUACAGGGAUGGAGAAAGCACACUCUGCCCUGCACAAGAAGUUGGUCUUGCCAGAUGCUAGCUGAACCCUUCUCCCACACAGGUGCUUUGCUGCUGACUUCUACUGCAAUAGCUGUUAGUGCUCUUCAAGCAAGCUGGCAUUGUUUGAAUCAUCUUUAUUCAGCUCUUGAAAACCCAAAGUGUGAUUGACUUUUAGGCAUUAAUUCCCCCCAGCAGCAGGGAGAAGCCAGACUGUAGGGAGCUCUGUGGACCCUCAGGCCUACUGGGGGGGGGAAGGGGGAAGCUGUGUGACUUGCAGCUCCUUGUACAAAGGUGUAGCUGAGCAGUUAAAGUGGAUUGAUCAUUCACCAACGUCAAGGUAACCCCAGCUGCAAGGGUAUGCAAAGCAGUGCUGAGUCAGUGUGGCUGAUAGGGCUCUUUCAGGAGAGGAGUCCUGGGGAAAUUAACCCCUUUAUUGCCUUCAAAUUAAGGGGCCAGUUUGAGCCCCAAGCCAUGGAGAGUUCAGAUUUUAUAGAGAAAGAAAAGCACUGGCGUGCGAGUCAGGCCGAGUGGUGAUGCUGACUGUGGCAGGCAGAGGGUCUGGCCCCGAGUGAGGGCUGCAUGUGGCAGAGAGCACAUCUUCAGUCUCCAUCAGCACAUAAGAGCAGAGGCCAGUCCCUGGACGAGGGCCACGGUCUCCCUACCCAGGCAUUGCUGCCACGGGAAGAACUGCCUUGUCCUGGCAGGUUUCAGUAGCCACAUGUUUUCCUCUUAGUAAAUGGCUUUGCUUUAAUUCUUGCCUUGUUUUUCAUGGGGACAAAACCUUCCUUUCUCACUUGCUGUUGCUGUCUCCUAGCGUUGCUGCUGGAUUUAGUGCUGGUGGCAGUGGUGAAAGGGCUCGUGAAGCGGCGGCGGCCCACCCACAACAAGAUGGACAUGUUCGUCACCAUCUCGGUGGACAAAUACUCCUUCCCGUCAGGCCACGCCACGAGAGCCGCCUUGGUCUGCCGUUUCGUUCUGCACCACCUGGUGCUCGCCGUCCCACUGCGGGUCCUCGUUGUGCUCUGGGCUCUCAUCGUUGGCAUCUCGAGGGUCAUGCUGGGCAGGCACAACGUGACGGACGUGCUCUUCGGCCUGCUCUUGGGCUAUGCGCUGUACAGCGUGGUGGAGUACUGCUGGCUGUCACCGCUCAGUGCACCUGCUCUGUUUGCACUCUGGAGUCACUGAUGGCUGGGCCCCCCAAGGAGGAAGGGCAAACCCUGUUCUUUAUGCCACGCACAGAGAGUGGAUACUGGGGCUCGUUGAACCAACAUCCUAGAUCUUACCUAACCAGCCAAAACUACAACACUAGUAGUGCUCCCGGGGCUGCACUUGGACAUGUGGUGCUGUCUUGCUCUCCCGAUGGGCUGUCAGGCAGAGUGCACCAGCCACAUGGCUGCACUGACUGUUCUCCAGGGAACAAACAGCCAUUGCAGAGCCCAGGGAGGAGCUGACACGUUCGUCUGGCAGCUCGCUGCUGAUACUGUGCAUCGGUGCGCCCUUGCAGUGUAAGUGGUAGUUGUGGCUUUUCAGGGAUUUCUCCGUGAUUGCUCACGUGUCUGUGCGCUGUAAAUAUGCCGAGCUGUGCCGUGGUGAGCAUGCCCUGUGCAGCCUGUUCCAUACUGUCUGAUUGGAGGGGACUCACUGGGCUCCGUCCUCUUGGAUUUGUAAAAAAAUCUCUGCCUUCCCAAGCAACUCAUGCGUCUUUCCUGUUGCUCUUCAGUUAAGCACUUCACCAAGGCCAAAUCUCAACCUAGAAGGAUGCAGGCAUCUGGCUCCCAGUGCCUUGGGGAAACGAUGAGGAGACCAAGGGUUUGGUCCGGCCAUUUCUGAGACAUUGGGUGACUGGGGAAGCAGCUCUCAGCAGCAGCCUGCUCAUAAAGCUAUUCUGUUGAGCUUUCCAGCUCCUGUUUUCUCCAUGGGCUCUUCCAUUUCCCAGGGGGUGGUAAAAAAGAGGGUUCACAGCAAUUUGCAUUUACUAGCAUGUGUUGUGAGCACCGCUGACAGUGGCGUGUAGCAUGAGCCAUUUCCCCGUAGCCCUUGCAGCAGAGGCUGUCGGUACACCCUUGCCCAGGCCGCUGGUCAGCCUCCAGGAGUUGGGCCUUACCUGCACCUACCGCCAAGAGGCGUCCCUGGCUGCGCCAACAGCAGCCAUGGCUCCCUGUGCUCCACAGAGGUUCACUCCACAUUUUUACUGUGACUGUUUGUCCUGGCAGCUUUUUUUUUUUUUUUUAAUUAAAUAAAGCAGGGGCUGGGUCUCGGUCAUAUUUCACUCACUCCUGGGGCCUAAGAGCAGCUGCCUUCUAUCUUAAAACCUUUGCUUUUGCCUUGGGGAACUGGGAGGGAGGCAGGACACAGUGACCCUCACCUUGCCUGGAGCAGCCCUGCCAUUCAGAGUCCUGCCUGCACUGGGCAGGACCACACCUGAGGGAGAUGUUGCUCCUCACUGCAGCUGAGCUCUCCCUUUAGGAGAAAGCCUUUGCCUCUCAUUUGCUGCUGCUGGGUGGGGGAACACAUGUCUCCAAAUUCCUGGGAACAUCCUCAGGCAAGCUGGGACUGUGCUGGCCCAGCAAUGUGGGGUGCAUCAGCCCUUCCCCACCCUCCAUCUCCUCCAGAUACCUGCUCAGCUCCAGCUGAUGGGAAACAGAGCUUUAGCAAACUCUCGUGCUUUCCUGGAAGAAGACAUUGCCUGGGAGCAGCCAGGGCCCAAACCCACAGUACUCAAGCAAGGCGAGCAGGGCAAGGGAUUGCAGCCAGGUCUAUCCAAGAGGCCAGCCCAUCAGCCAAGUUUGUGGUGACGAGACAG